CGGGCGGCGGGCGCGGCGCCUCGGGGAGCCGCCGGCGGGAGCCGCGCUGCCAUGUCUUCGCAGUCUCACUGGUUGACGACAGAGGAGAGGAACCAAGUUUUACUCGAUCUCAAAGCUUCAGGCUGGUCUGAGUUAGGCGAAAGAGAUGCCAUCUACAAAGAGUUCAAUUUCAAAAAUUUUAACCAGUUGCGGAGGGCAGAAGCCGUUCCUAUUAUCGUAGUCCAGGAAAGGGCUCAAUGUGCAGAUCCCGAGGGGAUGUUCAGAGCUGGUGUUAGAGAGCAAGCUUUUGGAUUUAUGACGCGCGUUGCUCUACAAGCAGAGAAGAUGAAUCACCACCCGGAAUGGUUUAAUGUCUACAGCAAGGUUCAGAUAACUCUGAUUUCCCACGACUGCGGUGGACUGACCAAGAGAGACGUGAAGCUGGCUCAGUUUAUUGACAAAGCUGCUGCCUCAGUGUAACCAAGAUGUAAAAUGCUUUAAUACAGUGUCCACCAAUAUUUUGUAUUUAAGUGGUAUCCCUCAUUCCUUGUAACCCUGAUUUCACAAACCCCCCAAGACGGGAUAAUUUUGUAAAAAGAGUGGCUUAGCUUUGUUGGCCUUUAAGACCUUCGUCUUGAGACCCCUCUGGAUGCCUGUGCUGCUCCUUUGCCAUCGCUGGCUCUACAUGAGGAUGUAGCAGAUAAACCAGCAACAAAUAAGUUUUGAACAGUCCUUUUCUAGAAACUAAAACAAGCUGGAAUGAAAGCAGGAGCCCACCCCCCCGUGUCGGUGUUCCCCAAGCCCACGGGAGCCGAGGCUGGUGGCAGCUGCCACGUGAGCCUGCCCCGUGCCCGGCUGCUUCCCCCUCUAUAGAUUUGUACAUCUCUGUACAUCAAACAGCGUAAGAGCAGCCAGGCCAGGUCAGUCCCCUCUGGCUUUGUACCUCCAUCUCUGCCAGUCACCGGUGGCAAGUGCAAGGGACUCUGGUGAGAGCAGUGCAAGCUGCUGCUGCUGUUUCCUUGGAGUUGCAGCUUAACUAGCAGUUACAGCUUUGCAUUUCGGUGUUUCUUCUGUGCUUGUCCGACAGCUCUUUGAACUUGUCUGCCCUUUUGGCACCCACAACCUAGCAGCUAUGUCCAGCAAAAGUCCUGCUGCAUGCUUGAGAACCGUUCCCCAUCUGAGAUGCAGGACUGGAUUCUGCAGUUGCUGAAAACUUUAGCUCUGGUCCAGCAAAUACAAAAAAAUCCCAGUGAGCUCACAGCACUCAUAUCAUUAAACGAAGCAUGCACUUAAGUGCUUGGCUGGGCUGGGCCAGUGCUCAGCACCUUGCAGGAUUGAGCCAUUAUUUGUGUUGUAAUGCUCCCGUACCUGCCGAAUCGG